UCACUGAUGUUGACCUUAACUGGAACUUCCUGCACAAUAAAAGCUAUGUAGUCAUCAACAGCUACUUUAAAUCCACUCACUCCGUCUCUGGUCUCAGUCAGUCGUCUCCUCCGUCAGCUUCACCGACCCUCCACUCUUCAGCCAUCUGAAUCACCUCCAUCAUGCCUGUGACCAUGCAACCAGGACGAGUUCAGCAAACUGAGUUCCAGACCGGCACGUUUGACUGCUGCGACGACUGUGGAACUUGCUGCUACGGUUUCUUCUGCUACUACUGCCUCGGCUGCUCCAUCGCCAGCGACAUGAACGAGUGCUGCCUGUGUGGCUUGGGGAUGCCGAUCCGCAGCGUCUACAGGACCAAAUACAACAUCAAGGGGUCAAUGUGUAAAGACUUCAUGGUCACCCUGUGCUGUCCAUACUGUGCCACCUGCCAGCUGAAGAGGGACAUCGACCGCAGAAAGGAACAAGGCAUUUUCUAAACACAUGUUCAUUUACAAAAAGCCUCACAUGUUCCACUUAAUGAUCCGUGGGGUUAUCGUAACGCAGCUGUCCAAAUGGAAAGUCACAUGUCUGUUUUAUACCUUAGAAUUAGAUUAUUGUACUUGAUUACAUGCUGUCACAACAUGUGGUAAAUCUGCUGUGCUGGCUGAAGCGCCUGUGUAUGCAGCCAAUUGCGUAAGAUUUUUAUGAAGGUCUAUAAAGCAUAAUAUAACAUUUGAAUGGACUAUCACAUGAUAGACUGUUCAAAUGACCCACAUUCUUCCUGACAGUAAAAUAUUAGUCGGCUGGGACAAAAACACGACUGUGGAUCUGAGCUGCAGUCGUAUUUUUGUGAGGAAGAUUGAUUUAAAUUACAAAAGACAUGUACGGUUUUCUAUAAAAAGCUUCAAAAUGCCUGUAAGUCUAUUAAAUGGAUGCUGAUGAACUUGUGACCUGGAUACUAAAUAUCUGUUAAACUGUUAUUGUAAAACAAGUCAUUAAAUUUGAAUUAGAAGUCUC